UUGGCAUUCUAGCUGGUGGCUGUGACUCACAAGGCAAUAUACUUAGCUCAGCUGAACUUUACAAUUCGGAGGCAGGAACAUGGAAGAGUUUACCGAGCAUGAACAAGCCACGUAAGAUGUGUUCAGGCGUAUUCAUGGAUGGAAAAUUUUAUGUGAUAGGAGGAAUUGGAGGAGCCGAAUCGAAGCGGUUGACUUGUGGGGAGGAGUAUGAUCUGGAAAAAGGAACGUGGCGUGAAAUCCCAAACAUGUCUCCGGUGCAAGCUAACGCUGCUAGGAAUGAUAUGCCCGCUACAUCUGAUGCACCUCCUUUGGUGGCAGUUGUACACAAUGAGCUGUACGCGGCUGAUUAUGCUGACAUGGAGGUGAGGAAGUAUGACAAGCAAAAUAAAGCGUGGGUUACCAUAGGACGGCUGCCCGAAAGAGCAGCUUCCAUGUAUGGUUGGGGUUUGGCUUUUCGAGCAUGUGGUAACAGGCUAAUUGUAAUUGGUGGACCCAAGGGAGGUGCAGAAUAUAUCGAAGUGAAUUCAUGGGUUCCACGUGAAGGGCCGAUACAAUGGGACUUGCUUGGCCGUAAGCGAUAUGGUAGCUUUGUGUAUAACUGUGCUGUCAUGGGGUGCUGAUCUUUUAAUCCUGGUCUUUUGUCCUUGAUGAUGUUAUCUUGAUCCAUGUUUCUUUCUGUUUUGAAUUCAUGUUUGUUUUUUGCCAGCAAUCUCUAUCGUUGUACUGCAAUCUGCAUUUAAGGGGAAAAAUAGGACAAUGAAAUUCCAUAAUUGUACGCUGAUAGACAAGCGAACUCCUAUCUCAUCUCAUCUUUAUUUUCCCUCCUUUAUAUGAUUGGAUAUGUUUGAAAAAUAGUUGCAUCUUCGUGAAGUCACACCAUUACUUCUUGAGAUAUGACAUAUGCAUGUGUUUUACUUGAUUUUGUCUUUCAUUCCGUCAGAAGUUUUCCACCCAGAGUUUAGUUAAUUCACUCAUAACUCUUUGCAUUUGUUAAUUUCUCUCUACAUCUUAGUCUCAGAGCAUCUAGUACAAGGGGAGGACAGAUGCACCUCAAUUGCUGCAAAGAGAAGGGGAAAAGAAGGUGAAGUGCGUUAUACGUCACAACUCUUUGAGUAACUUUAUAAUAAUGGUCACAAUAAGAAGUUUUCACAUCCAAAUGCAAAGGGGAUCAUGGAUUUUUUUUCCAGUUAUUACUUACCCUUUUGGCACUUUCCCCUGAUGAAUUUAAUUAUUUUUCACAUUUUGGAGGUUCACUUUGUCUUUUUCAAAAAUUUGAGGGGAAUUCUUUAUUUUGCAUCUAUAAAGCUCAGUAUCAUAGUCCAUAUGUAUUAACUGUGCUGAGUGUGCACCCUGUUGUAAUUUGUGAUAGUUGAAUGUAUUCAUUAGUGAAGCCAAAAAAUGUAAAUAGUGAUACAGCUAAGUACAAUCUGGAUUUGUAUUACUUGAAUAGCCUUCUUUUGGUAUUUUCCUCACCUUCAUGAGGUUCUCAUUGUUAUUUGGGAAUAUAAUGCCAGGUGUUAUUACGGUAAA